AGGCAGCAAGUUAGUGCGGCGUGGUAUGUAGUGAGGUUAUAAUUUUCAGGAUUCUAGAAAGUCGCUGUUUGGUGGAGUGAAAUCUUUAACGCCGAAAUUCAUCAGUACACGCAAAAUCUAUUUCAUACUCGGAUUUUUUUUCCUUGGAAGGAAGUAGUUCUAGUUGUAGAUGCGCGACCAUUCGUGGUGAAACACAGUGAAGUUCUUAAAAGAGCAUUGAUUCAUCUCGCUUCCAUAAAGAUAAAACAUGGCCUCUUCCAAGCCCCCAGAACUGCCCCCGAAGGAGCGGAUCAACCAACUCCGAGAAGAGGGCAACGCGGAGUUCAAAAGCAAAGACUACGAGUCCGCAGUCGCGAAAUACUCGAAAGCAAUACUCGAGAUCCAACAACUCUCGAACUUGGAUAUCGGUUUUGUCUCCUCCGGUAUUGCUUCUCCAGAACAACUGGAGCAGCAACUGGUAAAACUUCUCUCCAACCGGGCGCAGUGCUACUCGAAUCUCAACGAGUGGGCGAAAACGGAGCAGGAUUGCCGGCAGAUUUUGCAAGAGCUGAACGACCCGAACCACCAGAAGGCGCUGUUUCAGCUGCAAAAAGCGUUGAAGAAGCAGAAGCAAAACGACGAGGCCUUGGAAAUUUGCACAAAGUUGCGCAAUUUGAAUGCUACUUCGGAGGAAAUCCGCGUGGCAUUUAACGAGGCGAAGCGGCUGUGCAAACGAACGGCGGAUGACUACGAGGUAAUUCAGGAGGUCGGGACAGGCAACUACACGAGCAUUUUUAUCGCGGAGGACUUGAAACUGAAGAAGGAAAUUCAGAAGAGGCAGUUGCAGUUGGAGUCGGUGCAGGAGGAGGAGGAAGAGGAAAGAAAUGCAACGGCGUUGUCCUCUGCUGCUCCUGCUGCUGCACAACAAGAUCAAGAUCGAGCAGUAGAUGAAAAGAUUUUUCUCCAGCAGAACAGCAACACUGAAAAGGUCGAUCACGUAAGCUUUCUCGCCGGCCGGGUCCCGAAUCAAGACGAGAAGCAGCUGGAACCGAAGCAAAAAACCUACCACUUCCAGCAGUAUUAUGAGACGAAAGUCGCUUUAAAAAUCGCCGACCGCGCGAAACUCCAGCACAUGAAAAAAACGCACGAGUUAUCAUAUGUAAAAACGUCUCGACCCCAUAGUCAAGUUGGGAACUUAGCAACACAAACCCAGAAGCUUUGGGAGCAACGCAUGACAAAUUCACGUCCGUAGUGUAGUGCAGUUUAGCAAGUGCAGCCGCGUCACAAAUCUAUCUGCUCAUCCCGUUUACAGCAUUACAAAUUCCAAAGUGCGAUUGGAAAUGCCUCUCAUGGAGAUGCGCAUUACAAAUCUUCCUGUAAUCGCAAAUCUGCAUGACAACUAUGGGGUGGGGACGUCUUUACUCAGGAUACGAGUUGAGACGAGAAAAAGACAUUUUAUACCGCUGUUCGCACGAGAACAUCAUCAAAAUCAAAGAGUACUUUCAGGACGAAAUGUAUCGCAAAAAAAAACUGUUUCACUGUAAACUUGUGAUGCAUAGAACGGAACGCAAAUGUGUUUGUCUUGCUACACAUGCAAGACAUUGGAUUUUUAGCUGUGUUUUCCUUUAGGAAGCACGCAUGCCAAGUUUUCUUUGUCAUGUGUAACAAACUUGUGAUAGUGAUGCAGAUCUUGCAAAAUCAUCACAGUGAAACAGUUUUUUCUUGCGAUAAAAUGCAGGUCUACAUGGUGCUGGAAUACUGCGGCGGCGAUCUCUUCGAGAUGUGCAAGAAAACCGGCCUGGCGGUAAACUCCGCGAAGUUUUAUCUAGCGCAGGUUUUGUGCGGGUUGUCCUACCUCCACAGCAAGGAGAUUCUGCACCGGGACUUGAAGGCGGAAAACGUAUCCACAGUAAACUUCCUGUACACGUACAGAUGCUGGCUCUGCAUGACAAAACUUGCCUCCAAUCUUACUCAGCAUGACAAGUUGGUGUUGGACGCUCCAAGUUAGCGAGCUUUGUCAUGCAUUUUGUACAUGUGCGGGAAAUUUGUAUUGCAUAGAACAUAUUGGUGAACCACUUGACCGGCUUGGUGAAACUCAUCGACUUCGGGACCGCGAAGGACCACCGAAAUCCGGAUUUGGACAAAAUCGUCGAGACCGGGCCGAUGCGGAGGACGUUUGCAAAUUACGUCGGCACCCCGCAGUUCAUGUCGCCGGAAUGUAUUAAAAACAAAUUCACAGAUAUGGAUGUGUCAGGAUCGAAAUCGACAAAAUCGAAAAACUUGUGAUGCAUAAAAUGUAGAGCACUGAAGGCCUGUAUUGGGGAGCAGGCAUAUGAGGCCGAUUGUAAGCCUGUUUAGGGGUAUGCAAUGUGCUGCCAGAGUAGCAUGACAGGAGCAGUCUUCUUUCCCCAAACAGCAUGACAGACUGGAUUUUGGUGCUCCCGAAAUUUGUCAUGCGCCACUUGAAAACUGAGGCUCCAACUGACAUCGAUUUUGUGCAUCACAAAUUUUUUGAUUUUGUCAAUUUCGAUUCUGACAUUCCCAUAACAGACUACAAGAGCGAAGUGUGGUCGUUCGGGUGUUUAGUUUUCCAGGUCUUGUACGGGUUGCCGCCGUUUCAGGCGGGUAGCGAGUAUUUGGUGAUUCUCCGGGUGAUGAACAAGGAUUUAGAGUUUCCGAGCGAAAUGUUGUAUCCGGAAGGGAACGACUUGGUGCGACAGUGUGUGAAGUUCGAGAAUGAGCAACGGCUGUCGCUCAGUCAGGUAAAGGAACAUGCGUUUUUCAAAACGAGCUGUCAAGGACGUGUGGCGGGAAGGGGAGGUAUUAGCAUUAGGAAUACAUCAACAACGGGAGCUCCUGUGGCGGAAGAGGAGGAGGAGGAGGCUUCUUUCUUCGCGGCAGCAAAUUUGCCGAAUACAGAUGAGGACGCGGUUGAGUAUUUACAGAAGAAGGAACAGCAGAAGGACAAAAUGCAGAUUGACACGAUCAUGGAGGUGGAUACUAGUCCGCAUGACAAAGAUGAAAAUGUUGUCUCAGCACGACCCGCAUCAGUAGAAACAGUUCCAGCACUCGAGCCGCAUACCACCUUCAGCUUUUUCCAGCGAAAUUUCGGGCCAGCUCAUCAUCUCCAAAACCGCCCAAUCCUUCCUCUCACCUGGUUUUGCCUCCGCAAAUGCUCGGAAACAAGCAGCACUGCGUCUGAUAAACGGUGCGCGAAGCUGAGAAACGAGUUGCUGCCGAAGUGGAAAAAGCAAUUGUCAAAAUUGAAACCGCCACCAGAGCGGGGGGUGACGGAGGACGAUAUGAACAUCGACGAAACAACUUGUUCUAGCAACCUGGUUUCUGACGAGAUCCACUCCCUGGAAAACCUGAUCGAGCGGGUUGAAUCCUUUUUGAAAAUCGACGCCUGGGAGCGGGAGACCAGGCCCGGCCAGGGGCCGAACGCGAAGUUACAGGCGUUUUUGGACGCGGACGCGGCGAUAAGUGAGGACGAGGAAGAAGAAAACGACAGCUCUAACUCCUCCAACUCCAACAGCGCGGCACUGAUGAAUAACGAAGAAAAUGAUAAUGAACUCAGUGUAGCAGAUCAGCAAAAGCCGACGUCUCUUCUGCCCGAAACCACACCCGUGAAUGAAGAAGAUUCGGCAGGGAUUCCGAAACUGAAACACACGCCACCGCAGGGAUUUGUGAAGCAAACGGAAAAGGAACUACAGCAAACGCCGAACUUUGGCAUGCUGGUCGACAACUCGAACAGCAGUACAACUACGAGUGUUGCUGCCCACGAAGUACUAGAAGCAUCUUCUUUACUAUCCACGCAGAAGGUCCACCGGUUGGAGUCGGAUGGGACUUGUGGGGAAGUAGCUGUAGGAGGCUGUUUGAAUAACAACACCAGCACGGUAACCACGACAACGAGUUACAGUAGCGAACAGUCGUCAAACGGUGGUGGCGUAAAGAAGAUGAAUGUGGACGAUGUUGUUGAUGACCCAGAGGACGAUGAUAUGGAGGUGGAGGUGGAAGUUUUAACGUGAAAGCUACUUACUGCUAUUCCCAUUCUUGACUUCACUAAAGGUGAGUGGGCCGAAGUGUGUAGAAAGAUAUUUUUUCAACAAGUUUUUCAGUUUUUCAAAGCAAAGAAUUACUCGUCUGAAACUGAAUGUCUUGGUCUUACACAAAGCAGAUUUUGAUGGCGUUACAGUGUUUAAACAUGAGAAAAACUUCUGUAUGCGAGAUAUCAAGUGACCGCAUUGACUUUACAGUCGACUCAUCUUCACGAAAAAACACAUUUCAAGCGACAGUGGACGAAAUAAACCAAGCGACAUCUCUUGCAGCGACAGUGCC